AUGGGGAGGACGAGGCGCCGUUGCCGGGGAGGACGAGGCGCCGUCGCCGGUGGUGAGAAAGGCAGAGCGGCGCGGGGGAAGACGAGAGGAUGCGAGGCGCCGAUGCCGGGGAGGACGAGGCGCCGUUGCUGGGGAGGACGAGGCGCCGUCGCCGGUGGUGAGAAAGGCAGAGCGGCGCGGGGGGAGACGAGAGGAUGCGAGGCGCCGUCGCCGGUGGUGAGAAAGGCAGAGCGGCGCGGGGGGAGACGAGAGGAUGGAAAGGAAUUUGGAUUUUGGAUGGAAAGGCAGAGGGGCGCGGGGGAGACGAGAGGAGAGUAG